UAGUAGGAAAACUAUAUAUAGAACAAAUUAAGCCGUCACUCUUUUAGACUUAUAGACAUUUCCCUGUUUAGCUAAACUUUAUACAUUUUGUCAAAAGUAUAGAGCUGUAAAUAAUUUCCACUUAAGACUUUCUUUCCCUUCAUUAUUAAGCUAUUUAUUUAACCCUUUGUAUCCAAAUUUACACCAAACUCUGAUUUUACAAUAUGGUGGCUUGCAAAAUUACCUGGAAAUUUAUUUUACCAAAUUGUUUCAAAGCCAAGAAUGAUAGUAAUAUUCUUCCUUCAGAGGCAAAGAUUAUACAAGUAUGUAAACAGAUUAAUUCUGAUCAUCAUAGUAGGCUAGCUAUUUCAGAUAUAAGUACAGAUUCCAGAUCAGUAUUUAUAUCGUUGGAUGAUCUUUCGUCGAAUGCAAUCAUUGGUUCAAAUCUUCAUAUUUUUACAUAUGCUGAGCUCAAAAUCAUUACCAGUAAUUUCUCAUCUGCAAAUUUUCUUGGAAAAGGUGGAUUUGGACCUGUUCAUAAGGGGUUUAUUGAUGAUAAGAUUAAACCUGGUUUAAAAGCUCAACCUGUUGCUGUUAAGUUGCUGGAUUUGGAUGGUAAUCAAGGCCACCAAGAAUGGCUGACUGAAGUGGUCUUUUUGGGACAAUUAAGGCAUCCCCAUCUGGUGAAAUUGAUUGGUUAUUGUUGGGAGGAAGAGCAGAGACUUCUUGUUUAUGAAUACAUGGCAAGGGGAAACUUAGAGAACCAUCUAUUUUCAAGAUAUUCGAGUUGCUUGCCAUGGUCAACCAGAAUAAAAAUUGCAGUUGGUGCUGCAAAAGGAUUAGCUUUUCUUCACGGGGAAGAAAAACCAGUAAUCUACAGAGAUUUCAAGGCUUCUAACAUCCUAUUAGACUCGGAUUAUAAGGCCAAGUUAUCUGAUUUUGGACUAGCAAAGGAUGGACCUGAAGGUGAUGAUACGCAUGUCUCGACUCGUGUUAUGGGCACUCAUGGCUACGCUGCUCCAGAGUAUAUCAUGACUGGACAUUUGACAAGUAAGAGCGAUGUGUACAGUUUUGGAGUAGUUUUGUUAGAACUAAUAACAGGACGACCAGCCAUGGACAAGAAUCGCCACAUUAAAGAACGAAAUUUGGUGGACUGGGCAAGACCAAUGCUGAGGGAUUCACAUAAGCUUGACAGAAUAAUGGACGCAAGACUUGAAGGUCAGUACUCGACAGAAGGAGCAAAAAAGGUGGCUGCAUUAGCUUAUCAAUGCUUGAGUCACCAGCCCAGGUCUAGGCCUACUAUGAGCAACGUGGUUAAGGCCCUGGAGCCUGUAAUUGAGUUGAAGGAUAUACCAAUUGGUCCAUUCGUUUAUGUCGUUCCGUCCUCAGAAUGUGACAAGGAGUUGGAAAUUGGUGUGUUGAAAUCUAAACUGGACGAAGAGAAAAAGGUAAACGUAAGUGAAAAUGAAGAAAAAGGAGCGCGCAAACACGGCCACAGGCAUAAGCAUAGACCAAAGUCUGCUGCUGCUGCUGCUGCUUACUCUGAUAAGCAUUUGCAAAAUCACGCUUUGAGGCACGAAAGAACAAAUAAAAAACAUACUUAAGUAAUCAAAAUGUAAAGAGGAAAGGAAAGAAAAAGUGAAAAUGUAAAGAUAUGUGAAUGGAGACUGUAUACUGAAGUAGUAUGUGUUUUUUGAUUAUUUUGUUAAAAGUAUAAUCUCAGUUUCGACAA